ACCUUUUUCAACCCAAGUGUCUUUCAGUGUCAUGGUUAGACUCGAUGCAUACUGAAACGCAGGAUGUUGUUCUAUACAGUAACUUGGCCUUUUCUCCUGGAUUUGCUCAAAUCCUGCGUCCUCUCGUCUUGUCGCCUCCUUUUGAAAAAGGUCAAAGGUAAUCGAGGAGAGGGAAUGUGGAUGAAAAUGCUCUUGUAUGAAAUUACUCGCCUUCUCCACUCGCUUGUCAUCAGUCAAAUUACGUUUACAGGGGUGGAUCCCAAAAUUUGUGUAAAGUGAUAAAACACGUUUAGUUAGUUGUGCAAGACAUUUUCAGUUCAUAUUGUUUGUAAAUGUUUGCAUCAUUUUCUCCUUCAAGAAAACAACAGCUGGUUCAAAGAGGGUGUGACAGAUUUCAGAACUCUGCCGCAAAGGACUCCGGGUAGGAGACACAUGUGCUUCCUCGCCAAAAGGAGGCUAUCGAGGAGGGGAGAACUAGCUUCCGUUUGCCUAUUAGCAAAUUGACACACUCCUCAACCACUCUUCAGUUUCCGGCUCACUGAAAAGGCCCUAGUCUGCAUUUUCAGUAUACAUCAAGACACUCUCCAAAGAGAGGGGCAGGGGGUUUGUCUUUGCCGCGUUUAUGCAAGCACAACAUACACACACACAUUGCCGCACUGGCACUCCUCCGACAGGCUGGGAGUGACUCCGGAGCGUCCAGUGCUCUGAUUGGCUGCCUCAGUGUUCUGUGUCUUCUUACCCAGCAUGCUGCAGCUGCCCUAGGUCGGAGCCCAUCCCAACAGUCAAUGUAGUAACAGUUGUUGUGACGCAAUUAGAACAUUCCAAUGCCAUUCUGAAGGUGUGGUCCUCAUAGAUGCGUUACUCCAUUUCACACUCACUCUGCAUUCAUACAGAGUGAGUGUACAGCGGACAUCUGCUGAACAGAAAUGAUAGUUUUCAUCAUUUGGAUCUCCUCUCUGAUAGGCUUUCAGAGUCUGAAUUCUGAUUGGCUGCUACAGUGACACACUCAGCAAGUCUUAAGUCCUGCAGCUGCUGCUGUUUUCCCUCCAUGUCUCCUGGCUAAUCCCAGGGGUCAGUGGUUAUAUCAUAUACAGAGUGUACAAAACAUUAGGGUCACCUGCUCUUUCCAUGACAUAGACUGACCAGGUGAAAGCUAUGAUCCCUUAUUGAUGUCACAUGUUAAAUCCACUUCAAUGAGUGUAAAUCAAGGGGAGGAGAUGGGUUAAGUAAUGAUUUUUAAGCCUUGGGACAACUGAGACAUGGUUUGUGUGUGUGUGCCAUUUAGAGGGUGAAUGAGCAAGACAAAAGAUUUAAGUGCCUUUGAACAGGUUAUGGAAGUAAGUGCCAGGGGCACUGGAUUGAGUGUGUCAAGAACUGCAACGCUGCAAGGUUUUUCACACAACAGUUUCCCGUGUGUAUCAAGAAUGGUCCGCCACCCAAAGGACAUCCAGCCAACAUGACACAACUGUGGGAAGUGUUGGAGUCAACAUGGGCCAGUGUCCCUGUGGAACGCUUUCGACACAUUGCAGAGCCCAAGCCCCUACAAAUUGAGGCUGUUCUGAGGGAAAAGGGGGGUGCAACUCAAUAUUAUGAAGGUGUUCCUAAUGUCUUGUACACUUGGUGUAUAUAACCCUGUCAUUGGUCAUAUUGCAAACAUCCAUUCUCUCUGUUGGAGAAAAGUGGUUUAUGUAUCAUCACAAUAUGUACAUACAAUGGGUCUACAUCCUCACCAGACAAUCAUGUAUUUAUCUGUCAGCUUUCUAUCCUUAGAGGCUAAAUAUUAGAUUUAGUAAGAUAUUAGUUUAGAUAUUAAUUGAGGUAACAAUCUGCCUAGCUGGGCAACAGUGACCAGUUAUUCAGUGUCCCGCACCUUCAAGCAGCCUGCUGAAGGCCUUGACCUCUGACCUCCCUCAUCUUUGUCAGUGUCCACAUUGAACAGGGCCUCCAGGGUCCAAGGUCCCCUUUCUCCUCACUACUGUUCCAGCUGGAGAAGGCAGGGGGGAGCUGGGCCUGUACCUUUCCCUGCCCACCUACCUCCACCGCCGACGGACUGAACAAGCCUGCUCAGGUACCCUGUCCUGAGGGGCGCAACCCAAGCCUGCUGUGACGCUGUCCUUCUGAAUAACCAUAACCGCUCCACAGCACGUUUUGUUGCACACCACCAAGUCUAAUGCCUGACCGAUGUCUAUAACAACUGAAUAACUGUUACCCAUUCUGCCCAUAGCCCAUGGUGUGAAGCACCACCAGCAUAGAUCGAUGGUCCCCCACUACUUCAUUCAUUGCAUGUCGGAUUGAGUUGUUGCUAAACUAACUUGACUUGGCUGGAAUAAAAACAAUGCAUGGAAGUUAAGAUAACUGCCAGGCAGUGUGCCUCAGCUUGUUGGAUGACUUCGAUGAGAGGUCAAGAGAGACUGCGGAGAUGUGUGAAAUGACUUCAAAAUAAUGGAUUCGGACUAAUAAAAUGCUUUUCUGGUUGUUUUCAAAUGAAUCAGGCUUGAAUCCUGCUGUGAAAGAUUUCCAUCUAAACCAUAGGGUUAGAUGUGUACCGUUCUGCUAUGUCCAGGCCUGAUAUCAUCAUGCUUUUAAAAUAUGUUCCAUCUAUCCACUGCGGAGCUCUCUCAGGCUGGCAGUGGUAUCAUUGUUGUUCCUGCCCCCACCAGGCGCUCUCCUCCCACUCCGCCCAAGAGGAUGACCCCCGUCACCAAGCACCACUCUGGCGACCCGUCCCCUGAGCCAGAGACCUCGGGCCCCUCUGAUUCUGUCCCAGUCCCCAUGCCUACUGUCUCUGUACCCCCCAGCACAGACCGAGACGACACCAGGGACACCCUCAGAGCAGUAGGGUUCCAACUACCCACAUCUGACCCUGCACCAGCACCCCGACCUCUGUCCCAUAUACCCACGUCCACUCCCAGCUCCCACCCCCACUUACAGCUCCCCAACCAUGCCUCCGCACCCCUCCCGGUCCCACUCCCCUUCCCUCAGAAGGACCCUCCCAGCCCCACCACAGAGCCGCCCAGCCACCCCCCAGCCUCAGUCCCAGCCAUCCCCCUUCACAUCCUGAUCCAGCGGGCCCUGUGCUCCCCCAGCCCGGCUCAGGCUAACCCAGAUGGGUCCCAAAGAGCCCACUCCAUGCUGUUUGAGUCCCCCCCAGAGUUCUUCACUGAGGCUGGAGGCCGACGCUCCCUACCCGUCACCAUAGAACCCCUCAGACUACCUGAGGAUGAUGACUUUGACAUGGAGGAGGAGUUGGAGAAGCUUCACCCCAGAAGGAUGCUGCCCCCCAGGCAGCCUGAGCUGGAGCCCAGGAGCAGGAGGGGUCUGGUGGUCGAUCCCAGGGUCAGUGUCAUCCCAGAGGGCCGGGGGCCCGGAGACAGCAGUGAGGAGGAUGAGGAGACCGACUCUGACGGACCCAUUCUCUACAGAGAUGACGAUGAAGACGAGGACGACGAUCCACCAAGUGCCUUGGCCAGCCGUGUGACGAGGAAGGACACCUUGGCCCUGAAGCUGGAGAGAGAGGAGCGGGAGGGAGGAGAGGGACAAGAUGGAGUCGGCUGGCAGAGCAGAGAGCAGUGGGAGGCACUCAAGAACAAGAUCGGUACCACGCUCAACAGGAGGUUGAGUCAGAGACCCACAGCAGAGGAGUUGGAGCAGAGAAACAUCCUUCCAGCCAGGAACGAAGCUGAUAUCAGGGCAGAGCGGAGCGAGAUCAAACGCAGACUCACCAGAAAGCUGUCCCAGAGGCCCACCAUAGCAGAGCUUCAGGCCAGGAAGAUCCUGCGUUUCCAUGAGUACGUAGAGUGUACCACGACUCAAGACUACGACCGCCGUGCAGACAAACCUUGGACUAAGCUCACUCCCUCCGACAAGGCUGCCAUCCGCAAGGAACUGAACGAGUUCAAGAGCUCUGAGAUGGAGGUUCACGAAGAGAGCAGGAUCUAUACCAGAUUCCAUCGGCCUUAGCUGUGCUCCCUGGCCCGGCUGCAGAGCAAGCACUUAAAUGCAAUACUGAGCCGGGGGGUUGCAGGACUGCAAUACGGAGCACACAGACCCCUGGUGACUGCAAUUUCCACAGCCCCCUGUCCUGGCACAAGCCUGUUCCUCUCCUGUAAGGAACACUGUUGAUGGCUACAUCUGAAACCAUGGACUAGAGGUGUAUAGCCUGUCUAAACAUGGACUAUGGAUGUGGCACCUCAGUCUAUCCAGUCAUUGUUAAAACCACAGACUAGAAGUGUGGCCUAUAGAUAAACGACUUGCAUCUAAAACCAUGGACUAGGGAUUUGGCCUCUCGGUCAAACCACUUGCAUAUGAAUCCAUGGGACUACUGGUACUACUGUACUCCAGCGUUGAUCUGCCUGACCAGACAACCCACAGGGAUAGCUGGAGAAGAACUAGCUGGACGAGGUUUAGUGGUUUAGGCCUAUUUCAGCUGCCAUUUUGUAGAUUCCCUGUGCCAACACUGACUAUCAGAAUAGGAAGGACAAGAGGGACAGACGGCGAUUGUGACAAAGGAUGUCCUGUUUUGUUCCUCACAUCACCUCCAUUCUCUGUCGUUCCCUAAAGCAAAAAUGUUCCCAAGAGGCCUUUACUGUACCUGGUUUUUAGAGUUCCUUCAACACUGCCCUAUUUUUAAUUGAGAACAGAAAAUAAUUGUAUACGUACUGAUUGUCGAUCAUGACUAUGGUCAACAUCAGUACACGGUAGUAUUAAUGAUUUAAUGUUCAACCAAAUGUGAUACAGAACUUUGUUAGACUACGUGACGCUGGUGAAACCCUGAAACGUGUGUUUAUGGGUACCCAAUGGUACCGCCCUUAUCUCUAAUGGGACGAUACAUGGGGUGGUACGGAAACUGUGCGUAGUAAAUGUGAAAUGGCUAUAGCUAGCCUACAUGUCGGUGAUGGGUUUAGUUGUCCAACCACAAGACAUUAGUUCAAUUGAAACUCAAAUGUAGUGUCUACUAGUCAGCUAUCUAGCUGUGUUACAUAGACCUUAUUCAGCAUUGCUCCAUUGUCCCCAUACACAAUGAUGUGCAUUUGAACUGCGUUCUGUUGAUUAUCUAAGUGAUUUUGUGACAGCCCAUAAUAUAAGCUGACUAAUCGUUUGUUCAGCGUAGUAAUAAGGAACCAUAUUGUUAAAAUGGACAUUUAAAGUUUUAAAAAAAUAAAAAAAUAAGGAAGUUGUACAAUUUGAAACGUUAGAACUAAUAUAAUUUAAGACACAACCUAAAGCUUACGUACACUAAUUAUUUAACGGUUGAUUUUGAAAGACUGCGGCAGGAACAUGGAUAUAUUUUUACUUCACAUUGUUACUUUGUGUAUGUAGGUCAUUGGUUGGCCUCGGCUGUAUAGACUUAUCCUGUAGAUUGAUUUAAUUGACUUUAUAUUAUGUCUUCCUAAUGUUAAAAUAAAUGUGUUUUUAAAUGUAAUUAAAGCGUUACAACAGUGCUAUUUUCUAAUAAUGUUACAGAAAUUGGUACCGAAACAGGGCUCCCUUAUUUUACAGAUGUUUUGUUUUUUAUAAAGAGAUCUUUAAAAUGAUUUGCAAACCUACUGUAUAAAUUAAUGGUCAACUCAAAUUAAAAUAAAUGGUUUAUCAUCCUAAA